AUGUUGCAAAAAUCCAAGCAGAAAUCCAGGUCCAAACCCCAAAUGGAGGAUUACGCUUUUCCAUCGUCACCGCAACCUCAGCUAUUCAAGCAUUACGCUCAAUUUCGUGACGACGAACCAGCUAUUGGGUCUGUCCUCGGGCAUCCUUCGGCUUCAGAAAGAAAACAACGUCUGGAUGAAGAAUUAGAGCUCGUGAAGCAGGAAAAAGAAAAGUUGGCGUUAGAACUGGAAGUGCUCCAUUUACACCAAGUUCUCACACCAGCAACUCCCCCAACUAGAUCGGCACAUUGGACAAUGCAUUUCAACUUCAUCUUCCAGGCAUAG